CUGUAGGUCGGCGGCUAAUUAGACAAACUCAACGGUUUUUCGCAUCGUUAAAAGCGGAGAUUUGCUAAUGUUUCCGUCAGCUGGUCUUUUUGCGAAUACAAACUGUCCUUUCACAAAACAUGGGCUUUGUGAGCGGCCUCACUGUUUCUACAAACAUGGCACAGAGCUGGAUGUAUUCGGUGACUGUAAAUCAUCGAUAGUUGACCUCACAGGAGACCAAAAUGACUAUCCAUAUGAUUUGGCUGUAUCAGUAAAUGAUGACACCAAAGAUGACUGCCGUAAGCAGCUGGAGAGGCUCAACAAGGAGAUUGAAACUGUGAGACACGAGGUGGAGCAGGAGCAGAGGCGAUUAUCCCACUAUCAGACGGUACAGGCAGAUAGCAGAAACACUCUACCAAGGUCCUCUGUUUCAAGGUCCAAGACAACCGGUAAAAACAUUGACAAAGACGCUUUGUCCACAAGCUUUAAAAAGACAAACUCCUGUACAAGGAAGUAUGUGGUUGACAACUCAAAACCAAGGACUGAUUUGGAGUAUGACCCUCUGUCAAACUUUUCUGCUGGCUUGCGGUCCUACAGCUCAUCAGGGAAAGGGAAAGACUGUAAAAGUUUGAAAAGAGGAAGAAAUGCUGUUCAUUGUGUUGAAAAGGAGACGGUUGAUUGUCAGGCUCCAGAUCGACUUGAUGGCUCUUAUGAAGACUGUCAACUGAUUAUUGACGUUCCUUCCUCACCUGACAAGAAGAGAGGGAAAGCUAAAGAUCAUUGUGAUUCUGUUCUUGACAAAGAAAAGGAAUUCAAAGAGACUAAAGCUUCACCAAUUUUACUUGAUUCUCCACCGCUGCAACAUUUGAAAACUGAGGUUACAUCUCCACUUGCAUCAAAGCUGAAAGAAAAUAAUGUUCAAAACAACUGUGGCAAAAGUCAAAGUUUGUCCAGUUUUCAUGAGAGCAAAGAAUGUGAAAAUGUUUGCAUUAAUGGAAGUGGUAUUGACUUUACUAAAUGUUUAGAAGAAGAGGAGAGUAAGGAAAUAAGUAAUUUAAAAACUCCUGUAACACAAGUGGAGAAAAGUCCUAAACCUGCAGGUCCUCCUGCAACCACAGAUCAGCACAAUCAAAACCUGAACUACCUGGUGGUGAAAAAAGUACCCCAGAGUGCUAAUAAGAUGUAUCCCCUGCAGCCUUGUUAUUAUCAGUCAAAGAAUUCACUUUUCUAUAAAGCUCCAGAGGUUCACACAGAAGUACAAAACCGGCAUCAUGUCACCCAGUCCACGACCACAGAGCAGCCAGCUCAGAAUAUGAUAGGUGAUCAUUGGUCUUCAACAAAUAUUUUACCAACACAACAAUUACAUAGCCAGAAAACAAGCAAAAUACUGGCGCAAGAGAAGACUUUUGUUAAUCAUUCUUCACUUGAAAGAUCCCUGGAUCCAGUCGAACCAGCCUCAGGCUGCAGCCAAGCUCAGGCUCAGCACAGUUCUUCAGCAUCAAGAUUGACAAACAAGGUUGAAUCACCACAUGCAACAACAGAGCAACCUUCUGGGACAGAUUAUAACAAAGAGGUUAUAAUCAUUGAAUCCAGCUCUGAUGAUGAUGAGCUCAACUACUCAGAUAUAGAGCUGUCAGACAGUGACCCAAUGGAGGAAUGCUACAGGAUCUUCAUGGAAGCAAAUGUUGAAGAUAAGGAAAGUGUGGAGCAUUGUGAUGAUUCUGUUAGAGCUAUAAAUGUGGAGGAGCAAACACUGAAUGUCAAACCAUCAGCAAUGGCAGGAAGGAAGAGGGUGGCUCAUGAAGUCAAACAUAUAGAGUCUGCAGCUAAGAGCAGACCUCAACCUCAGGUGCUGGUUCCCUUGUGUGGACCUGCAGUGUCAGGAUUUGCUCCCCAGCCCUCCAUCACUACUAAGAUCCAGCAGGUACAGCAGAGAGCCUCGAUUCUUACCGCUUCAGUCAAGGGCAGCCAGGCUUUUGUUUCCUCCACCUGUCAGAGGAAGACAGAGACACAGAGUGUAUCUUCUCUACCGACUCAAACUCCUGAAAACCUGCUGUCAGCUGCUGUCCAAAAUGCUGCCAUGAACUACAUACCUUUAGGAACUGCCAUGAUAGAUAUGGGAAGCAACGUACACUUGAUCCUUCCUGAGGGCACCUUCCCUCUUUCUGUGACCUCCAGUUCCAGCCAAGUUACUUCUGUGCUAACUCCAAUAACUCAAGUGUAUACAAGCCCUGUCACCGUGAAACAAGCAUACAAUCCACCUUUACUUAACCCUGUGCAAAGGUACCGCACAACAGCACCUGUGCUCAUCCCAGCACAGGUACGCAAACCCACAUUCAACUCUACCUCAGCAUUAGCACAUCCAAGUCCAGUAUCCUGUGCUCCUCAAUCUGCUGCCAGUUCUACUGCUAAGACAGUUCCUUCUAAACGUAAACUGAAGCAGCAGAGUGAGCCCCCAAAAGACAAAGUGCCCCACGCCAUUAGACAGCGUUAUGUUAACAUGUUUACAGAGGAGUUUCUGAAAACAUCAGCCAAUGUCAAUGAAGCCUUUGAAAAGGCACUUGCUGAAGAGAAGACUUUGUACAAUCGCAGUAUCAACAAAAUCAAAUAUCAGAGUGUUGUAGUGAAUGCUUUAAAGAGGCUGAAAAACCAAAGUGCUGCUGUUGCCAAAUAUCAAACCGAGGUCAACAGCCAAAGAUCCAAGGGCAACAUCCCACUUAACCUGAAGAAGUUUGAAGGAAAUGCAGAUGACAUGCCAUUUUAUGAGAGUUUAAAGGACUAUAUUUUGACUGAGGAAAGGCUGAUUGAGAACAACUAUCCUGUCAAACACCCUGAGAAACCUGGUUAUGCCGUACUUUUCGCUGACUCAAAGAAAGUGAACACUGACUCCUGCAAGAGGGUCUGUUGCCGGUGUGGGGCCACAUACUCUGUGAGCCAAACAGGCAAACAUGUCCGUAAAGAGGAGUGUGUUUACCACUACGGUAAAGGAGUCACAAAUAGAGUGCCAGGUGGAGUCGAAACCCGCUACAGUUGCUGUGAGGGUGUCAUGGGAGCACCUGGAUGUCAGGUGUUUCAGCUGCAUGUCCAUGAUUCCCUCAGCAUGGAUGGCUUUGUGUCAACCAUUCCAAGAAAACCUUCAGAUAGGAGCCGUCCUGGAGUCUAUUCUUUGGAUUGUGAAAUGUGCUAUACAAUUCAUGGUCUGGAGCUGUCCAGAGUGACAGUGGUGAACUCUAGUCUGCAAGUUAUUUAUGACACCUUCGUCAGACCUGAUAAUGAGGUUAUCGACUAUAACACCAGGUUUUCAGGCAUCAGUGAGAAUGAUGUGAAGGAUAACCAUACCUCCCUCAGAGAGGUGCAGAAGGUCUUAUUGAGCUUCAUUAAAGCUGACACCAUACUGAUUGGACAUGGCCUUGAAACAGACCUCUGCGCCCUGAAGUUGCUUCAUGGGACUGUGGUGGACACAUCAGUCAUCUUUCCCCACUGUCUGGGCCCCCCUCACAAACUCACCCUCAACAGUCUCACUGCUGAAUAUCUCAGGAGGAUCAUCCAGGAGAGUGUGUGUGGACAUGACACUGCAGAAGAUGCUGUUGCCUGCAUGGAGCUUAUGUUGUGGAAGCUUAAAGAAGAUGGAAAACUGAAGAAAUGAUUUAAUAAAACAUAAUCCUUUCCUCUGCAUAUGAAAUAAAAAGAACGGGAAGCUAUUGGGAAAUUUUUAUAGCCACAUUUAUUUUUUUGUGAAGUUCUGUUACAUAGGAGGGCUUUUCAUUUUUAGUUUAAUCACUGAUUAAUGACCAUUUUGAAUUUCUUUGUUAUAUUUUUAUUUGUAGCCCAUAUGUCAUAAAAUAUGUGGUAUCACUGUACCAAGACCAUGAAAGGGUGUCCUGUUAUCAGCAUAAUUCAAAUAAAGGCAAUGAAAGUAUUCUUGUUUUUUUUUUCUCUUCAGCCUAUACCAGCCAAUCAGCAUUCAGCUUUUAAUAUCAAAUUUGGUGCAGGUGCAAAUCAGUGUGCACCUGUCACUGAUUGGAGUAAUUACUGCAGGCUAUAAAAAGCUCUGACAAGGAGGAGGAGUUACAAAGUGUGUUUGUACUUGUGUAAAAAUGGCUUUCACUCUUUAACUGAAUGUACAGAUUAAAGAAAGUGUAUCUUUAGGAACGUUGCUCAAACAAAUCAUACAGUUCUAAAUAAGCACACCCUACUUCACCAAAUAUUAGAUGAUUUGUUUCAAUAUUUCUAGUU